AUGUCGCGACACCCGCGCGUCGAGGCUGAACCAUCAAUCGUGAUGGUUUUUAAGCCAUUUAAACCUCCUUCCAUGAGGAAACCCCUUCAGCCUACGGUUUCGAGACCAGCUGUGCCCGCUGAAACUUCCGAGGCCGAUGGCCCUCCACCCAAGAAACCGCGUUUACAGCCAGAAUAUCCGGCGGACGUUGAGAAUACCACUCCAGCCGCUGGACGACCGCUGAAGCCUAUAACUAAGCCCAAGAAGGAUGUGGAGCCCUCAGCUGAGUCGGGAAGCCAUGGUGAUACCACUGGAGAUAGGUAUUUCAAUGUCCUCUGGCGCAAAGUCACCAUGAAGAAGAACAAAACGUGGGACGGCGACGGGAUCCUGACUAUACGCGAAGGCUACGCCUACUUGCAGGAUGUUUCCGGAAGAGACAUGGGGCGGGUGAUGUAUGGCUCCCGCCUCGAACCUGGUGUUAUGCUAUCUAUUGGAGGCAAGGAAGUGGAAAUCGACUCUGAAAUGUCGAAGAAAGAGUAUCUGUCUGGAAGACAAUACCUGCAAACGAAGAAGGCCCCGCCUCCUUCGACAACACCCCCCACCAAGGCGUUCGUUCCUGUUCGAAGCAGUACUAGCACUUCUGUUCCGGCGACAGUUGCUAAGAGCCAACCUGCAAAGCCUAAUAUUCCAACUCUUGCGAAUCCUGCGUCGAGGAAAGGAACAGUCACUGGCACAUACAAAAGGCCGUUGUUGGAAAGCACUGUUUUACCCCCCACGCCAUCGGAGAAGCCUGUUCCACGCCAUGAUCCCAGCCAACCUGGAGCGCUGGUCAUGAGACGGCCGGACUCAGUGCCAAAAGGGAAACAAAUCGUUGACGUCGUUGUCGAUCCGUUUCUGGCUAAACAUCUGCGACCUCAUCAACGGGAAGGUGUUCGGUUCUUGUACGAAUGUGUUAUGGGAAUGAGAUCUUUCAAUGGUGAAGGAGCUAUUUUAGCAGACGAUAUGGGGUUAGGGAAGACCUUGCAAACUAUAACCCUCUUGUGGACACUGCUGAAGCAGAAUCCAGUUUAUGACAGUCCCCCGGUCGUCAAAAAAGCUCUCAUUGUCUGUCCGGUUACUCUAAUCAAUAACUGGAGGAAGGAAUUCCGCAAAUGGCUCGGGAAUGAACGAAUUGGAGUUUUUGUGUUCGAUGAUAAAAGAAAACGACUCACUGAUUUUACGAGAGGAAGGGCUUAUAGUGUGAUGAUUGUGGGAUAUGAGAAGCUCAGGUCGGUGCAAGAAGGGCUGGCCAACAGCAACGGUGUCGACAUAAUUGUUGCCGAUGAAGGUCACAGGCUGAAGACGCUUCAAAAUAAGAGCGGUCAAGCUAUUCAGUCGCUGAAUGCGACAAAGCGGAUCAUUCUAUCCGGUACACCCAUUCAGAACGAUCUGAAGGAAUUCUUUGCUGCGGUAGACCUUGUCAAUCCCGGCGUCUUGGGGACUUUCAAGUCGUUCGUUAGGGAAUUCGAGGGUCCCAUUGUCAAGAGCCGACAGCCUGAGGCGACUCGAAAAGACAUAGAGAAGGGAGAGGCCAGGAAUGAGGAGCUACGAGAGCUCACUUCCAAGUUCAUGCUGCGAAGAACAGCCGAUAUCCUGGCUAAAUAUCUUCCCCCGAAGACGGAGUAUGUGCUAUUUUGCAAGGCGACGCGCACGCAAGCGACCAUUUACCAGAAUGUCCUCGCCUCUCCGGUCUUUCAAAGUGCCCUCGGAAACUCGGAGAGUGCUCUUCAACUUAUAACUAUUCUCAAGAAACUCUGCAAUAGCCCAUCGCUGCUUACGCCCAGAGACGUAAAUGAAACGCCCAGCGAAACCAUCGCCGCUCUCUUGUCUUCCUUACCACCGAAUCUCCUACGCCACUUCACUCCCUCAUCAAGUGCCAAACUCCGUGUCCUGGAUCAGCUACUUGAUGGUCUACGCACAAAAACCUCGGAGAAAAUAGUCCUUGUCUCUAACUACACCUCUACAUUAAACUUACUAGCAAACCUACUUACAUCUCUCUCCCUCCCUUUUCUCCGGUUGGAUGGCUCCACCCCGGCACAGAAACGACAAUCACUAGUCGAGGACUUCAACCGUCUCCCAUCAAACCUCUGUUUCGCCUUCCUCCUGUCCGCAAAAGCUGGAGGUACCGGGCUAAAUCUCAUAGGUGCCAGUCGACUCGUCUUAUUCGACGUGGAUUGGAACCCCGCCACUGACAUCCAAGCCAUGGCACGAAUUCAUCGUGAUGGCCAAAAGCGUCACUGCCGGAUAUACCGAAUUCUACUCAAGGGCAGCCUCGAAGAGAAAAUCUGGCAGCGUCAAGUAACAAAAAUCGGGCUUGCCGACAGCGUCAUGGAGAAAAAGGACAGCGUGGCCCAGUUUUCGCGGGACGAACUCAAAGACUUGUUCCGUCUGGACGAAGAGAGCAAAUGCCAAACACAUGAGCUAUUAGACUGUGACUGUGGAGGUAACGGACAAAUUGUUCCACCAACAGUACCGGAGAAUGAAGACGAGAACAAAGAUGAGGACGGCCACUCAUCUUCAAGCUCCCUCGAAGACUUCCCCGAUCUACCUACCCUGAUUAAAGCCUCGCAAGUAGACAUGGAGAAGCAAGAACGUCUAAUCCGCUCCCGAUCAAGAUCCAGACCAUCCCGACAAACAACUCGCAGGUCGAGGGCCGGGAAUAAACACGGUGAUGACGAUGAAGACGAAGAUGAGAAUGAAAAUGAUGAAACCACGGAACCGGCCAAUCAACAAAAACAUCGAAUCCAGCAAUCUCUAUCACAAUACUGUCACAUUGACCCCGUCCAUCUGACCACCUCAGGGACGGAUACCGCCGAACAGCUCGAAUCAACCAUCGACGACGAUGUCCUCCUCUCUUUGCUCAAAGACGAGGACAGUAAUAGAAUCGGAUUCGUCUUUAAAAAAUCGGCCUCGGCAGCAGCUGAAGAAGAGCCUAAGACGAAAGACGAUGGCAAGGACGGCACUUUGGGAUCUCCUUCGGUUGUGGUUAUUCCGGACUCGGAUUGA